AUGAACAAUUUACCCUUUCCUCAAACACAUCUUCUUCUCAAACUCUCAACCUUCCUUCAACUAACUCCACUCUACUUUCUCUCUCUAGAACCUUCUCUCUCCGCACAUGAGUAUUCUACUUCCUCAAACACAUCUUUCACCACUAAAACCUUUCUUCCUCUUAUCUGUGUUUCAGAAGACGGAGGGUAUGACCUUUCCAUGACGGAAAGUGAGUGUGCUGUUGUAACGGUUAUCUUCUGGUCUAGGUAUCACAACAUGAUAGGAGGUGGGACGGGACCUGCUGACGGGACCCGUGCGACUACUUAUACCCCCGGACCUAUACAUAUGAAAUCUAUGCUGCAAGCCACAGAUGACUUGCCACUUAAUUUUGGUUUUACUGGGAAAGGUAAUAGUGCUAAACCAGAAGGUAUACAUGAAAUAAUUAGGGCUGGUGCAAUGGGACUAAAGCUUCAUGAGGAUUGGGGAACCACUCCUGCUACUAUCGAUAAUUGUUUGGCUGUUGCAGACCAAUAUGAUAUCCAGGUUAAUAUCCAUACAGACACCUUGAAUGAAUCUGGAUUCGUUGAACACACAAUUGCUGCAUUUAAGGAUAGAACAAUUCAGACAUACCACAGGUAA